AUGGCUUCCAUUACUCUGUUCUUGCUGUUUGCACUGCUAUUUGCAAACACAGUUACAAAUCAACAAAACCAUUCCACCUUCAUAAGUUUGGGCUCAUCGAUCUCCCCAAAAAACUCUACUUCGUGGGUGUCGCCCUCUGGUCUCUUUACCUUCGGCUUUUAUCCACAAGGUAACGGCUUUGCCGUUGAGAUAUGGCUUAAGGGUGAACCUCAAAACACCACCGUUUGGACGGCUAAGCGUGACGAUCCACCCGUGUCCUCUGAUUCUAUCGUCUACUUAACCGUAGACGGUCUGAUGCUGCUUCGAAGAAAGGAAGACAAUGAAUUACUCACUGACAAUGUGUCAAUGCCGCCUGUAGCUUCAGCAUGUAUGCUUGAUUCUGGGAAUUUUGUGCUUUACAAUGAAAGUCAUAGUGUUAUCUGGCAAAGCUUUGACUUCACCACUCACACCUUAUUAGGAGGUCAGAAUUUUUCUUAUUAUGAUACACUGAUCUCUGCCUUGUCCAAUUCAGAUCACUCAAGUGGAUAUUUUGCUCUCUGUAUGGAUUAUGACGGAAAUCUUACUGCUUACCCAAUGUCAUAUGAAUCGAAUGUUUACUGGAGCACAAAUGCUCUCUUGAAAUAUGGGAUUUCAACCAUACCCAAGUUUUAUGUUGUGGCCAAUAGCACCUCCUAUGUUGCAAAGAAUGCAACCUUAGUCUACCGAGCAACACUCCAUGUGGAUGGGAAUUUUAGAUUUUAUUGCUCAAAAAAUGGCACCAAAUCUGUUUGUCAAUGUUAUCCUGGAUUCGUACAGUUCAAAAGUGAUAAUAACAUGUUCCUGGAAUGCAAACGGACGAGGAAUGAAACCAAUGAUGAUCUAAUGUUGCUCUACGAUGUUAUUACUUUGCCCGACAUGAACUGGAGCACUCCUCCUUAUUUGGCUAUGCCAUUGAACUUGAAAGCUUGUGAAAAGUCUUGCAAGGAAGACUGGGAUUGUCGGGCAGCAUUUUAUACAAGUGGAAGUUGCAAGAAAUAUAAGCUUCCUCUUAGAUUUGGAAGAAUUGUUCACAAUGAAUCAGGCAUUGCCAUCUUGAAGUUGCCUAUAGGAACUAAAGCCCCUCCAAACAUCACCACCCCAUCUGGAGGGAAAUCGAUCCUUGUUGAUGACAAAAAAAGUUUGAUUUUGACUCUCAUCCUAACUUUGGGUUCAAUUUCAUUUGUCUGCUUUGUCGCUGCAUUAUCUAUUUUCUUCAUCUACAAGCAUCAAGUCUCUUUGUACACAAAGUUGUCUACAAAUGAGAAUCUAGGAUUCACUGAGGAUUAUAGUUUGCGAACAUUUUCAUUUGAUGAAUUGGUGAACUCAACAGGAAACUUUAAAGAAGAGGUUGGCAAAGGAUCUUUUGAAACAGUUUAUAGAGGUACAAUACAUGGGAGUAACAAAAGGGUUGCUGUGAAGAAGCUAGAUGUCCUUGAUGAAGGAAAUUUGGUUCAACUCCUUGGCUAUUGCAUUGAUGGUUCCAGAAAGCUUCUUGUUUAUGAAUAUAUGAGCAAUGGGUCACUAGCAGAUUUCCUGUUCAAGGCCGAGAUGCACCUAUCAUGGAGAGAAAGAGUCAAAAUCGCAUUCGAUGUAGCAAGAGGAGUUUUGUAUCUACAUGAAGAGUGUGAAGUUUGUAUUGUCCAUUGCAAUAUCAAACCUCAAAACAUACUCAUGGAUGAAAUGUGGACAGCAAAAGUAUCUGAUUUUGGACUUGCAAGGCUAUCAAUUCCAGAACAUUCAAGAACUACAUCUGCAAAUGAAUCAACAAGUGGCUAUGUGGCACCUGAAGGACAAAAAGAUGCAUUAGCAUCUGUAAAAGUUGAUGUCUAUAGUUAUGGUGUGGUGCUAUUGGAGAUUAUAUGUUGUAGAAGAAAUAUAGACGUUAAGGUCUCCUCAGAAGAGGAAAUUAUGCUUUCAACUUGGGUGUACAAUUGCUUUGUGAGAGGAGAAUUGAAUAAAUUAGCAGUAGAUGAUGAAGAUGUAGAAUGGAAGACAAUGGAAAGAAUGGUGAAGGUGGGGUUAUGGUGCAUCCAGGAAAAUUUAUCUUUACGUCCGUCAAUGAAGAAUGUGAUAUUGAUGUUGGAAGGGUUAAAAGAUAUUCCAACUCCUCCAUGUCUAGCUCCUCUUGUUGGAUAAUUUGCAAGAUCAUGGAUCUUGGUGUGCAAAUAUCCAUCCUAAUAAUGGUGCUGUCACAUUCAAGGUUUUAUAUUUACCUUUCUAUCUUAGGCCUAUAUGUUGCUAAGGCAAGUUUAUUUAUCUUAAUGUCAUGUUUUCACAAUAGCACGCUAGUUUCCAAAUGCGUUGCAUUGCAGUUUAUUUAUGAUAUAAAUA